CAAAGAAAAUGGUCUAUUUACGUUGUCAUGGCGAUGUCCAAGGUAACCACUAAACUUCCGCUUCCGGUCCGAUGCCCCAAGAUGUAACGGGAAUUUGCGAGAUCAAAACAAAGGGUCACAUGAGAAAAUAAAAUGGACAUCUAAAAAUGUUUUGGAUUUGGAAGAUUAGGAUAAGACUCUAGAUAAAUUAGAAGUACCGUAAAUUAUAUUGUUGAUUAAAAGUAUUGAAAGAAGUGUCAUUAAUAUGGAUUUCAACAUCGACUUACAGUCAAACAGCUCUAAUAUAACAAUGACGACACUGAGUCUUAGUGAGAUGCAGACAAUAAGCAUAAUUUCUCUAGUAACUGCAUCUCUAAGUUUUAUUGGUUCUUUUUCGAUUGUAUUAACAUCAGUUUGUCACAACAGAGUUUGUUUUCCAGAGGUUUAUCCAAUAUUCCAGUUAUCAAUAGCAGAUAUAUUAGCGUCCAUUUUUCUCCUGUCUAAUGUGAUAUGUUAUCUUAAAUCGGUUCCAAAUUUUCCUGGCAGUUCCGGACCCUGUGAUGUCUUGACAGCCUUUAUGAUGAGUUUUUAUACCAGUACAUUUAUUUUAACUUUGUGUUAUGCUCUUGAAGCAUUUAUGCGUAUGCAGAGAAGAUUGCAGCCUGGAUCAACCAGUAGUAAUGAAAGAGAGGGAAAGGCUGUCAGUCAUCCUUUAAUGCAUUUAGCCUAUGGUUCAGCAUGGCUGAUUCCAAUUGUUAUAGCAAUUGUUCAAAUAGAAGUCAUACAUAUCAUUGAUUCUUCAUUAAAAACUCAAUACACUAUUAUACCAGCACAGUGUUCACUAUGCCUUCCUGUUUUUCAUUUUGAUGAAAAGAAAUGCUGGGAUAAUAUUGAAGAUGGUAGCAUGUGGCAUUUAACGUAUAAAUUGGUAUUUCUCAUUAUUCUACUAAUUGUCUUUAUAGUUAAUAUGAUACUAUAUAUAUGUAUUGGUAAAAAACUAAAACAAUUAGCUAGACGAAGAGGUUUGUUAGGUUUUCAUCAAAGACAAGAAGAAUCUACAGUUAGAAAGAAAGCCAUCUUGUAUCAAACAGGUUUUAUCUUUUGCUGGAUGCCUUCUCUGUUGUUAGGUUUUCUAUCCUUAUCAAGUUCAUUUGAAAUGAGUCAAUAUUUCUGGUUGUAUGUUCUACAGGCUUUACUUGGACCGUUACAAGGUUUCUUUAAUUGUAUUAUAUAUGGUUGGAAGAGGGAGGGGUUUAGAAGAGCCUUAUCAGAGAGUACAUAUCUAGUCAGUACUAACAGAUCCUCAUACUUGACUGUCACACUGUAGCAAACAUCAUGACUUGUAACUUACACCAAUUCUAUUAUUUGAUGAUGUAUAUCUUCUUUAUUAUAAUGAUAUUAAAAUUUUCAGUUAUCUUUAUAUUUUGUAAUGGUUUUUUAAAAUUUAGCAAUAAGUUAUAAGGUAUUUUGUAAAUGCAUACAAUGUAUAUGCUUGAAAAUCAUGUUAUUCUUAAGUUACUUUUGACUGUUAUAGCUGCUGACUUGUGCAUAAAAUUUAGUGUAUAACAUAUUUGAUCUUAUACCAAAAAUAGCUUUUUACUAUAUUAUAUCUUUAUAUUCCUAUGUUAUUUUUAUACUGAUUUUUAAAUGUUAAUUUUUUCCUUUAAUUUGUUGUGUUCCAUGGUUCUGUAAGGACUGUAUUGUUAGAAGAGACAGUGGCAACAGCAACAAUGGCUUCAAUGCUAGAAAUAGAAACUAUCAUUUUAACAUGGAAGUUAAUGCAGUUUUGUUCAUCCAUGUCUACGAUUUUCUGUGUGAGAUGCAAGAAAUUGCUGCAGUUUUUUCCAUUUUCAAACUUUUUUUUGUCUCAGUUGUUUUUCAUUUCCAGAAAUAUAAUCCCAAACAUCUCAAAGCUUGUUGCUUUAUAAGAAAGAGAUAUUGUUGUGUUCAGUGCUAUUUUUAUGUUUAAAUUUGUUAGUGAAUAGUUAAUAUGUUGUGUGCUUUAUUUUUAAGAAAAUUAAAGUAAAAUAAAGUGUUAAAUUGUUUUAAUCCAAUAUUUUAUUUAUAUUAGUAAUGAGGCAAGCAUUCUACCAUUAUAUGUUAUGAGUUAAGCGAAGUCAGUCUCUUUACAAUUUAAAUUUUUGUUUUUGACACUGUUGGACCACAAAAUUGAUUAUAUUUUAAACUUGGCUUUAUGUAAGGGCAUAAAAUUUUGAACAAUGUCAAAUGGUUUUAUCACAAUGCCAAUUAAUUAAAAUUCAGUCAAAUAUCGGCAAUUUUAUUUUAUUUUGAAUUGGGCAAAAACAAAAUGGAAAAUAUUGAUGUAAUUAAAUUUGAUCUGUUGAUAUGUUUGUACUGUAAAAAGUUUAUGUCAUCAGAUUAAAGGGUGUUUGACUCUAUAUUUUUGAAUCAUAAAUGGGUCUAAAAUCACAUAUUAAUGUAAUAUGAGUGUAUAUUAAGUGAUUUAUAUUCUAUUUUUAAAAAAGAAAUGUUAUUUCUAAUCAAUUACGUUCGGUGAAAUACGCUAACAGUCUGAAUUGAACGACAAUCGUUUACGCCUAAUUAGCCCAUUCUUCAGGUUUUUUUAUUAUUAUUAUUUGAUCAUUUGUGAAUCAGCCAUUACUAUUUACUGCCGCAUUGUAAUUUAGGAUAUGCUUUUCUUUGCUAAUUGAUUUUUCACCUGAAACAAUAAUAUGGUACACAACACGUGUACCAUAUUUUAUGACGUUCAUUCUGUCUUAAAUAUUGGAUAUUAGGAUCCCACAUUUUCUCGGCAACAUAACAACAUCAAUAUGGAUUAAAAUGGACCAAUAUUGAAUUAUAAUUUGUGUUGUUAAUUUCGAAUAUUAUCGAAAAUAUUGAGUUAGAGACUUAGCUCUAUUAAGAUCUAACUCAUUUUUACUAAACAAUCAAAUGUUUUAGUCAAAACUAAAAGUGAUAGACAGACUUUAGUUUACCCUGUCAAAUUAAUAAUGAAUGGUGUGGAUUUUGCCCAGUGGAAAUUAAGAAUAAUCACUGCAGCACAACCGAAUAAAACAUUUUAUUUUGAUUUUAAAUCUUAAGCUUACCGUAUUAUUGGCUUCUACUUCUCUAGUUCAACAAUUAAAGACAUAUUUAAUUAAGUAGAAUGAUAAUUAUACUGAUUAAAUUAUUUAAUUUUAAAUGAAGAAUGAUACAGAUUUUAUUUGUAUUGUUACAUGUAUAUAUAUAUUUUACAUGGUCAGUGUUCAUCUUGCCUUGCUACCUGGUUGUGUAUUUUUUAUUUUUAAACCACUGUCCUAAAACAAGACAAGGAAUAUUCUUUAUUUACAUAUAUUUUUAUCUGAUAGCAAUAAUGAAAUUAAUUUUAUAAAGGAAGUAAAAGUUAUGAUAAGGUGUAAAAAUAGUUUGUAAAAGGAUAUUUUGUUAUCAGGAUUUUGUUUUAGUGCUUAUAUCCACUUGUUAGAAUUCCUUGCUGUAAAAUAUUUAAUGUAAAUUCCAAAUUGGCCAUUUCUGUAUAAGCAUUAAAUAGCUUGAUUUUAGCAUGCCAACCAUUGUUAAUUCAUUAUUGCUAAUGAAUACAUUUUAAUUUAUAGUUUCCAUCAGGGAUGAUUGACAUAUGGCAGCCAUUUUCAGGUAUCUGUAAUCAGCGCUGUACUCUCUCUUAAAAAUUUGAGAUUAAGGUAUAUAGACUUUUCAUACCAUUGUUUAGAUUUUGAUAUAUCAUUAUGGAUACGUCAAUUUGAUUUUCUGUUCUUUGGACUCUUGAUAAUUAAUUGCAAGAAAGAGACAGGCAAUCAAAAAUUAUAAGUUGAUUAUACCUCAGCAGGUCUGUAAUUAAUAGCACAAUAUUUAUACCUUUUAACUAUUGUAGAAAAAAUAGACUGCUUUUAGCUUUGUUUAUGUUACUACACAGGGCAGUAUUUAAUAGAAAUGCAAUUUUUAAUUUCAAAUAGUUAUUAUUACAUUUGUUGAUUUCAAACCUGAAUUAAUGUGUUUUUAUAAAUAAUUUAUGUCUUAUAUAUACUAUUAGUUGAUUAAGUUUUUCAAUUAAUAUAAAUGUACAUCUGAAUCAAAACCAUUGGUGCAACAAGGACUUAUACAAGUUGAAAUCUUUCCAAAUAAGAAAUUGGUUGAAGGACCUCUUUUUAAUUUGGACCCACUGGUGUUCUAGACCAUAUUGUUUUUAAGUGGUUGAACCACUUUCAAAUCUGUGAACCACUAUUAUAGAAGGUAGUUAGUAUAUUUAUAAUUAGUAUUUUAGAUGUCAGUGAUAAUUUUAUAUUUAAGUAAAUAUAUUUUAUACAAAAUACCCAGUGAAUAUUCAAUAAAUGAUCUGAAUAAAUGAUUACCU